AGGUUCGAUUAUACUUCGAUGAAGAGGAUGUUCUCCUUUUACCUCUCUGUCAAGUGUCUGGUCUAGUUGCAGUAUCAUUGGCACGAACUUCUCUUGUUCAUUCAUUCAACUUACCUGGGCAUUCCAUCCUCCUUCGUCAAGUCUUUCUCCUGGCAAGAAGUAGUCAAGAAUGUCAGUCGUCAAGGAAGUGGCACUUGGCAUCAUGGCCUGGACGAAGACGCCGCGCACCCAGACCUACAGAAAGCUCAAUGCCGAAAGUGAUGCUGAAGCUCUACGGUGUCCGGGUCCAUACGACAAGCAAAGCUUCUCACAUAGACUCCAAAGGACAUCCCCCAAAGCUUUGGUCAAGCUUGUUCUCCCAGUUCUUCUCUUCUCUGGGCUACUUUUUGCCGUUAGCCGUACAGAUAUCACACAAUACAAACCCGAUUCGAAUAGAAAUGCGCUAUCUUCGUUCCCGCCGGUAGAGAAAGGUGGCCAGCGACAUCUCAGAAUAAUCGUGCCGGCAGAUGGUCCGUCGCCAGACCUGUGCAAAAUGCUCAUGUCGGGUAUUGCAUCCGGUUAUCCCAGCUCGGUCAUUGUUAACUGGGGCCGCGACUUUCAAAAAUCUCCUGGAGGGUUCGGAAGCUCUCAUCUCGGCAAGAUCGAUGGCACUCUCGAGUUCCUUGAUUCAAUCACUUCUGAAGAGGCUCCGGAUGACGAACGCCUAGGACCAGACGACCUUGUCCUCCUCGUCGACGCCUACGAUGUUUGGUUCCAGCUUCCGCCAUCCGUCCUCAUUCGACGAUACAUGGCGCAGAAUUAUGCUGCAGACGAACGCAUUCGCAAGGACUGGGAAGAAUCUCGUUCUUGGUUCCCAUCAGACUCGAAAAAGAGCCUCGUACCGCGGCAAUCCAUCAUCAUUUCGACCCAGAAGAAAUGCUGGCCCGAUGCAAGUCUUGGCUCAGACCCCCACUGUGACGACCUUCCUCAGUCCACUGCACGGGAAGACAUGUACGGCCCCCAUACGGAUGAAGAUCCCAAGCAAAUGCAUGACCUUCGCCCACGGUACGUCAACAGCGGAAGUCUUAUGGGUCCUAUAUUUGGCGAGCAAGAGAUUUGGCGGACUUCCAAGCGACAGAAUCACGAUGAAUGGGUGAAACUCCAAGCUGAUCAUCCUAAAAAAGCCGCUCAGGAAGCUGAGCAAAACGACUUCAGUGUGGGUCUAGACUACAUCCAAGAUCUUUUCACUCCUACUGUGUUCGAAGAAGAUGAUGGCCUCUACAUCGUGUCAUCGGAUGGUUCUGGACUUCGACAGGCUGCUGCCGAUAGAGGCAUUGAUCCACCAAGGGUGGCUGGCAUCCCAGAAGACAUGCUUGGUUUACGCAGCCCUAUCCAAGAGUCUGACAUCGACAAGACUAUGGGAUGGCAGGAUCUUCCUCUUUACACAGAUUUCUGGAGCACUUCGGUGCCAGUUUUGGUACACCACAAUGCCCAUCGCAAUGGGUUGAAAGGCCAGAGACUGCGCGAUUGGUGGAAGAACAACUGGUUUUUUCCUUAUCUUCGAAUUUUGUUAGAGCUGCACUCAAAACACCGAGAGUCUUUGGGGCCGCUGUUCAGAGCUCCGGGUCGCAAUGGGGUGGAGGACUUGGUCUAUAAACCACCAGCUGCAGAUGCCAGGAAAAGGAAACCCCGCAUCUUCAAGAAGCAGGAUCUCAAGGAUCAAGGGUUAGAAGAAGCAGACUGGAACAGUUUGUGUAAGUCUGAGGGCCAUGACGAGUGGUGGAACGAGGUUUUGCAGGACAACGAAGGGCCUCUUUAGUACACGGGGCCAGCGUGUUACCGUUAUACGAUGACGUCUUCGUUCCAAGUAGUUAAAAUCCUCCAUAGUUUUUUAAAUGAAUAUGAAUGGCUACAAGCCGCAUUACAUGGCUCAGGGCUAUCUCUUUUCCAGCGUUGAAUCGACCUAAAAGGCAAAAUAUACUUGGGGUUUCAAGGAUGCUCAACCAUUUGGGUUGCUGUUUUGUUGGCCCCUACAUGUACUUAUCCAUCAUAAUUGUGCUACAUAUACAAAACAAGGAGCAACAUUCUUUUCUGACAACUCGUUUAGAGAUAUUGAACCGAUGCACAGUGGACACUUGCGGGAGGAUAGCCGAGGGGGCGGGGGUCAGUUUGAGCUAGAGCCCGGGGAAGCAGAUAUCGAUGCCCAUCAUCGACAGCGAGUAGUACAGUAUCGAAGUAUCCGAUGAACAACAGACGCAUUCUCG